AUGUUAAAAACUUUGCAGGGUAACCAUCCAGAAAUUUACGAAUUCAAAGAAUCUCCUACUCGCAGUAUAUUUCAAGAAAUCCAGACCAAAAAACAAAGAGGAAAGUCGGCUUGGCUGUUUCAAGAAUCUGACCCCAAUAAAAACAAAUGGGACCUUGAAGAAGUCAAGCGUAUGGGAUAUAAACUUCCCACCUUGUCUGAGGAAAUAAAACAGACUAUAUUUACCAAAGGCACCGAGGACUUGAACCUUGUUUCUACCGUUGGCUUGAAGAAAGCACCAAAGCCAGCUUCAUCUCCAAUUGACAAACCAUUAGAUACGGAAGGCAUCACCAAGGCUUACACAGAGGCAAAAGGCACUCGAUUGAUCGUUUCUGAUUAUGAUGGAACUCUUCGUGAAUUCGUGGACGACCCUGAGGCAGCAACACCCUCGCAAGAACUAUUAUCGGAUCUUAAAACACUUAGCUCGAAUAAAGACAAUAUGGUUUGGUUAGUUUCUGGCAGAGAUGAAGGAUUUUUGAAACGACAUUUCGGUGAAAUUCAAAAUCUAGGAUUGAAGGCUGCUUAUGGUGCAGCUACACGUGAUCCUAUUUCUGGGAAAUGGGCAAAGAUGGAAUUUGAUAAAACGGCCUUAGAUAGCAUCAGGAAAAUCAUGGAAGGUUGGUCUUCGUCGGUCACCCACUCGCACAUCGAAGAGAAAGACUUCGGAUUAGCCUACCAUUAUAGAGUGGCCCAUACACAGGAUAGACUCAACCAGGAGAAAAUUACUCAAGACGCAACACAGGCCAAGAAGGAUAUCGAUCUAAUUUACAAAAGUGAAGCCGAAUUUUUAAAAGCAUGUCUAGAUCAGGAUAUUAAACGAAGAGGUUUAGAAUUAGUGACAAUCCUCGGAAAUAUGGUCGUGGAGGUCAAGUCCAAGAAGUUAAGCAAGAGAGAGGCCGUCCAAUCACUUUAUAACGAUAUUCCGCAUCCUGGUUUCGUUCUGGUAGGGGGUGAUGAUCCAGCAGAUGAAGUCAUGUUUCAAGUAGCUCAUGUCAAAGAAGAAGAUGCCAAAAAGACCGCUCAAGGUGACGCGAAGCCACCCGUUGUAGCAACAGUACAUGUCUCCCAUGACAAAGGCCAAGAAACUAGUGCGAAAUACAUGACGGUACAAUCCCAAUACACUGAGGGCAAAUUCCAAAGCGUUAAACAAAGGCCUCAAUGCGUGAAGUAUGCCACUGCCUUCUGCAAUAUAUCAACCUCUAAAGCUCGUGCUGGCACAAGUAUCUCAUAA